CUUAAGCCAGCUGUCGAGCAACCUUCUUGCACCAUUGCCAGAAUUGUCCCGCUGGGGUUUGGACGGCUGUCGUGAGGAGUUUAUAUUUCAGCUCCUGUAGACCGAUCUGAAGACGGGCGGUAUGGAUCAUCGUGCAACCACCUUGGAGGCGGAUAAGAUCCACCAGAAUCGCCUGCCGAGUGUCACGGAUGAUGAAGAGGAGCAAGAUGCGGCAUUUACCAUUGUCAGAGUCCUGGACAAGGUGGCCACCAUUGUGGACAGUGUGCAGGCCAGUCAGAAACGCAUCGAAGAGAGGCACAGAGAAAUGGAGGAUGCCAUCAAGACGAUUCAGAUUGACAUUCUAAAGCUUGCUCAGGCUCAUGGCAACACAGGGUACACGGUUAACAAGCUGCUGGAGAAGACCCGCAAGGUUAGCGCUCGGGUUAAAGAAGUGAGGGCACGUGUCGAGAAGCAGAGUGCCAAUGUGCAGAAGGUCGAGGCCAAGCAAGAGGAAAUGCUGCGGAAAAACAAGUUUCGCGUUGUCAUUUACCAGGAGGACAUUCCGUGUCCAUCUUCUCUAUCAGUUGUCAAAGACCGGACACGAGGGGGAAGCCUAGAAGAUGCCUUCUGCCCACCUGACGAUCUCUCCUCUGAUGAGGAGUAUUUCAUAGAAGAAAGCAAAGCAUCCCGUUUUAAGAAAUCAGGCAUGAGGCGCAUCAACAAUAUCAAAAAGGCAUUUUCAAGAGAGAACAUUCAGAAAACAAGACAAAAUUUUGGGAAGAAGGUGGACAGGCUUCGAACUAGGAUAGUAACGCCAGAGAGGAGAGAACGAAUAAGGCAGUCUGGAGAGAGAUUGAGGCAAACUGGGAUAAGGUUCAAGAAAAACAUAUCCAAUGCGGCACCAACCAAAGAGACAUUCAAGAAGCAUAAGACAGCUAAAGAGCAAACCGUGGCCGAAGCUCAAGAAGGCAUCCAAGAGUCCAGUGUUGAGACAGCAGGAGAAAGUGGCGAUGCUGAACCAGCCACUGAAGAAAUUUCCUACACUGAAGUGAUAACCAAAGUGAAGAAAGACAAAGGCAGUGGAACAAAAGGCCCUUCCCAGGCAGAUGAGAAGAUAGCCAUUACUCCUGAAAAGAUCGUGCUCAAACCGGAGGCUAAAGUGAUUAUUCCUGAAAAGAUCGUGUUCAAACCAGAGCCUAUAAUGCUUAAUCCUGCAAAGACCGUGUUCAAACCAGAGGCCAAAGAAGAGGAGGAUGCCCUUCUACUGGAUCUAAAGCAAUCAGCUUAAAUGACAAACGUCUGUCUAUGGCGGGGAUGUUACUUGGGGCAGGGAAGGAGCAAUCCGUUUAACUUGGGUAGAUGUAGAGCAGUGGUUUUCAGACUUCCCUGAGGUUUCCCUUUCCAUUUUGAUUGGUCUACUGAGGAAACCUUUGAGUAUCGCCUGCAUGUUGCAGAGGAUUUGGGGGCACGUUCUAGGGCAUGACCUCCAUUCAUUUGGGGUGCCAGAUUGGUCUGUUGGACCUAGCUCUCACCCGACAUGAAAUACAGGCAUGCCCUAGGACACGUCCAGCAUUCCCCAGGAAGGUCGAUAUUGGCGGACUUCCUGUCCUUCAAACAGUUUGCCUGCCAUUACCCAUCUUCUUCUUGAAGAAUGCCUGAUAAAAUCCCAAGGAACCUCAGGGUUCCCAGGAACACAGUUUAGAAACAGUUGAUUUAGACAAAUGUGUGUUGAUUGAAUUACUAUGGAAAAUUUAUAUGUGUAUAUCUAUAUGUAUAUACUGCUUUCAUUUACAGGCAAUGACUAUUCCUUCAUCAUCUGAUGUCACCCCAGUCGUAACAAGGAACUGAUCUCCUUUGAUGUAUACACAUAAAUGCCAUUUAUUAUAACAGGUAUUGAAUUUCAACAUUAAAGGGAGGUGGAAGCCCCCUGCAUUUUAAUGGCAUUAAUUCCCUCAACAGUCUUUCGUCUAUCUGUAUUUUAUGCACAGUGACAACCAAACAGAGUAAAUCUCAUUAAAUGACUCAUUAGAUGUCUCAGGCUGACUAUUUCACAGUGGGGUGGGGGAAGAAUGUGGAGGUGAAUCCAUCAACAGAUAACUUGUUUAUCUUGAAGACCUUUGUUUGUUUCUCUCCCUCUCCAAACCGAAAUACUAGGAGAAACUGCAGCACAGUUGAUAGAUCCUUAGAAGGCAUUGGUCAGAGAGUGUUGCAUUUGUUGGCUGUAGCCAGGAAUGGACAAUGAAUGAGGAGACCAUUAGGGAGGUGAUGGAGGGUUCAAUGAUGUUAGCAAAUGCAUGUUCGCAGCAGCAAGAGAGGUAAGCAGGACUCUGGAGGAAAUAACUAGAAGGAUGUACAAAAAUAGUGGCUUGGAUCUAGGCUGACCAUUGAAUGGAAUGGCUCCUUCCAUUCAUAGAAGGCACCAGGAUG